UUUAGGGGAAACUUUGCCACAGAUGGAUAGGGAAAACCAAUAUCCUUGCCAUAUAUUGUUACGUCCAAAGUUUUGGCACGUUUCAUAAAUUGCCGCGAAUCCGCCAUAGAAAUAUGAAAUAACCUCUGGUUAUAUGGAUAGCCUAACUAUUUAACGGUUCAGACUAGAUUUGACUUUGUAAUGGACACGGUGCAACGGUUGGUAGGCUUCUAACAAGCUGCGCUACAGCAAUGCCAAGUCAGCCUGUGCUCAUGCCAUGGCUAGGGAAAGUGAAAUGAUAUGCUACAAUGACUUUGCUCAUGAUGCUGGCGCAAAUGAUACUGUAUGUAAACAACACCCUGAGCGCAUUGGACACGAAACGAAACACUAACACAAAUGUAACAACAGCACAAAAUAGAUAAAGAAGUCUGGAAUUUUCUUUCGCGGGUGGCUUUUCAUUACUCGCGAAAAGGAAUAACUUUGCAGGUGUUUCUGAAUCAUAAACAAUGCCAUGCGGGUGGAUGAUAACAUUCAGAUAAAAGCCCUGCCCUGAAACGAAACAUAGAUUACAAAGUAUUAGCACGUCAUAUCACAGGGGAAACAGAUGGAAUUGGCAUGGAAAAUAUCCAAAGUUACCACUUCGUAUUUCCCAUUUCAACCCCAAAUAUGUCUUACUUCGACUAAUUAUUUCCUUCUCAUUAUUUCCUUUGUUUGCUGAAGCGCGAAGGCGUACCUGGACGAUUACGUAUUGACUUAAAUUGUUUCGCAACAUCAUGGAUAAGCUAUAGGCAUUGUCUUUAAGUUUUUGUGGGUGUUUAAAACUGCGAAAAUAUUUUUCCACACCAUUGCAAAAUUGGUAGAAUUGCAGGAAAUAAGCUUCAAAACUUUUCUCUCUGCACCAUGGAAAAAUGAGUAGUUUUGCAUUACAUUUGUUAGAAAAUCGCUAAAUGUUUCUUUCGCCCGUACCUAAAUCCGCUAUUGAUUUAAUAAAUCUCUUUGCCAAAAUUCGUCCUCUCUCCCAUGUCUUACUCGACUAGUAUUUUUGAAAGUGUAAGGAUUAUUAUUAUUUUUCCCCCCCACCUUUAUUUAACCGUAUAAACUAGUUGAGAACAAGUUUUCAUUUACAACUGCAACCUGGCCAAGAUAAAGCAAAGCAGUGCGACACAAACAACAACACAGAGUUACACAUGGAAUUAACAAGCAUAGUCAAUAACACAAUAGCAACAAAUAAAGUCUAUAUACAGUGUGUGCAAAUGGCGUGAGGAGGUAGAAAAUAAAUAAACCAUAGUAGCGAAAUAAUUACAAUUUAGCAGAUUAACACAGGAGUGAUAAAUGAGCAGAUGAUGAUGUGCAAGUAGAGAUACUGGUGUGCAAAAGAGCAGAAAAGUAAAUAAGAACAAUAUGGGGAUGAGGUAGGUAGAUUGGGUGGGCUAUUUACAGAUGGACUAUGUACAGCUGCAGCGAUUUGUAUGUUUAGCUCACAUAAUAUAAUUUAAAUGUGUGCAUUAGAGUGUCUGUAAUAUAAUAAACGUGUAAAAACGAAUGUAGACAUGAAUAAUUGCAUUUAUAUAGCUUCCAAAACAUUUAUACUUGAGGAGAUGGCUGCCCUGUGGCUUCAAUACAGCGCCCUCUUAGUCAUCCAGGGUUUAUAGACAUGAUUGGUCUGUUUUAUCCAGGGUUUAUAGACAUGAUUGGUCUGUUUAUCCAGAACUUAUAGACAUGAUUGGUCUAUACCCAGACAGGGCUAGAAUUUAGAAUGAGCGAUCUGAGCUGUGAUUAGCUCGUUGCAGUCCAAAGAGCACGCCUAUUUUUUACUUGAAACAGCGGCGCCGGUUGGUUGCUAGAAUGUUUAUGUUUAAGCUGAGCCACCGGUAAUCUAGCUAGCAUGUAAAUACAAUUUGGUAACGUUUUCACCGGCUAUAUUAACGUUUCAAUUACAUAGCUAUAGCAAAUUCGUCCACUUUAAAUAAGAAGACAUAACGCCCGGAUCAGGAUGAACAUGUCAGCUGAGGGAAGGACCCUCCUCUCAACUAUGUUACCAGGGAAGAAACCUAUGCCCUCGAAGGCUGCUAAAAAUAACUCUCUAACAGUGGCAUCGAAGAUAAAGACCAAGAUUCUCAACACAUCCUCAUUCUUCAAGGUCUCCCUGAAGACUAACAACAAGGCUCUGGCUCUGGCCUUGGUGGCUCAGAGGGAGAGAAGCAGACAGCUUGAAGUGGAAACUGUGCACCUACGGAAACAAGUGGAGUCUCUGAAUUUUGACCUGGCUAUUCGCAGAUUCAAGCACAACCAACUGAUUAUAAUCUUGAAAGACCUUCAACGCAACACUUUGGAUAACUUGGAAAGGGCUGUGGAUCUCUUCUCUGAUGAAAAUGGAAGGGACGUUGGAGAAUCUCAUUUUGAAUGGGAGUCCCACCAUUACCACGGUAACGGCUCCCGCCCCUUAAAGGGGCAGCUGAAGGUUUUUGUCUCACAAGAUUCCCCUGAAAUAUCUGAAGACCGCAGUAAGCCACCCCCUGAUAAAAAAGAGGAAAAUGGUCAGAUGGAGAGGGUAGCGGUUCAGAUACCUCUUAUCAUAGCAGAGCAGUCCAGGGAUUUGGUGUCCCCUUCAAAACAGACCAGCAUGAGCCAAGAGGUUGUAGUAAAUGACAAAGGAAACACGUCCACAAAUCCUUUUGGGACCCAAAGUAGGUCAUCAGAGUCCAAUGCCAGUAAAGAGAGCAUUAAUAAGAUGGAGCAACAAGUGGACAAUACUUUGAAAUCAACCAAAAAGAGAACAUCCCGACAAUCCAGUAGCCUAAAAGAUGAGGUGGAAAAGUGGUCAAAGAUUUAUUCUGACACUGGACUUGACCCUAUCCCAGCAGUCUUGCCUUCUGUUGUCUCCACAACUAAUAUUCUACAGCCCUCUGGUACUGAUAAAGUUGUGCACCAUCCAAACAGCUUAAUGGAGACCACAUUGGCGCUUGCAAUAAAGACCACUGUCGGGGAAGCAGAGAAGACCACCAUCAAUGAUACAGAGAUGGAGAUAACUAUUGGGGACAGCGCUGCUGAAAUCGUUACAGUGGAGACCAAGCCCAAGAAAGCUGGUGGACCGAAGAAACUGAAGGUGCCAAAGACAAAAAUCCCUUGUCUAUUAGCGAAGGUUGGAAAUAAGAACUGUGGGCCAACACAUGUUGUUGAGAAUCUAGAGGUGAAGAGCUCUGCUGUAAACGUGGAGCUGCCGACAGCGAUACAAAAGGUGUUUUCCGCAACACCACUACAUACAGACAACCCUACAGUGGAGAGUGUGGAUGUAGAACACCGAGAAGAGGACUUCAUAGAGAACUCAGCCAGUGAGAUUGAAUCCCUUGUUGCCCGCAGAAAGACUUAUGUCACCUCUCGCAUCACCAAACACAAAAAACCUACCCGAGAAUCCCAUAAAACAACACAAGAUUUUCCAAAAACGUUUGACCCAAGAAAAACUUUUGAAGUGCCUUUCCAAUCCAAAUCCCAUCGAAGUGUCUCACCUGACCCGUUUGAAGAUGACUUUUUCGAUGACCCUGAAGCUCAGAAGUCUGUAUUUAAACUAGCCGGGGCAAACCCAUUGGUCAUAGAUGCCACGGAAAACAAAGUCACUAAAACUAAAGGUCACAAGACUUUUGUGAUUUCUAAUGAGCCUACAUCUAGAAAGGGCCAGAAGAAAUCCAAAGAACGCAGGAAGACUAAAGCACAGCCUGUCAUGGUGGACCAUGAAUUACACAUUGAAACAGAAAAGGAUCCAUUCCUUCUGCCUCAACCUCUCAUUGAAGAGGAGUCUCAUUCUCCUGAAGGGUGCCCAGCCUAUGUAGACAUGGAUACCACCCUGCACGAAUACAGGGAAUCACACAGUGCUUCCAGACCUCUGUCCACUACACGGAGCAGUAAGAGACCCACCAGAGUGAAAGGCAGAGGGACGUUUGUGGUCUCGGUGAACAGGGACAGCUCCUCAGUGAACAGUACAAUAUUAGAUGAUGCUUGGGCUGAAAAGCUGGCGUGCACUCCGACUACAGGGUAUGACUCUGUUGCAGAAGAAGGGAAAGAAACGGUCAGGGAAGAAAGCAUAGAGGAGCAUCUGACUGGACCUCACCCAGAUCACUGUCUAGCUGCUGGGCGCAAGACUACAGACUCUGGGGUUGAAGAAACUCCUGCCUCCUCUAAACGUCCAUGGCUUGCUACCCAGGAACCUGCAAGGAAUUCAGAGGGCCAAGAAAGCUUAUGUGUUGAGGAAGAAAUGCCCCCAUGGGAGAUCGGUGACUCCAUUUCAGUUGCUGCAGAGCAAAAGCCCAAGAAAGCCAGGAGAGUGGAGACAGCAAAAUCAAGGAUGAAGACUGAUUCACAGAAGGGUUACUGUCUUGCCCCUGUGAAAGAAAGGGAAAAAAAGACUAAAAGUAGCAUCACUAAAGGAUUGGCGCCUGGGGGUGCAGGUAAUAUUUUGUCUAGUAAGACUCUGGAUAGCCAGAGUAGUAUAGGUGUACGCACUGUAGCACAAAAUGCAGAAGUACAGCCUGUGGUGGAUCCCAAAGUUUUGCACGUCUUCACAAACUCUGCCACCACUGAGGAGAGCUGUGAAACUCAUGAACGUUUGUCUUCACUUGACGUCCUGAGUCCAGACUUCAAAGUCAGCAGCUUCAAGCCCCGGUCCAACCAUGGCCCUAAACCGAGAUGUAGAGCCACUUUUGUCAUACCCAAUAGUUUUAGCGAUUCCACCAGAAACAGGAAGAACCACAUUGUUCCUGACUCCUUGUCCCAGGAUGAUGGUGACACAAACAGCAGGACAUCUAAUGUGUCAUUAUCAACUGUUGAGACCAACACAGAAUUGCCUGACAGUGGUGAGGGAGUACGUCAGAGCCUGAGGGAGCUGCUCAUGGACGAUAGGCCUCCGUGGGAGUCCUCUGUGGAUGUCAGCUGUUCAAAUGAGACUGGAUUUGACACUCCAGCCUCAAGCCCUAAAAGGGUUGCUUCCUCUGCUCACAAGGUUGCUGUAUAUAAAGAGUCGGCUGAGGUUAUGGCUGAAAGAUCUCCAGUAGCAGAAAGAGCCCUGAAGCCACUAACCAACACCAACUGGACAGAUGAUGAAGACACAGGACGGGCCAGGCGACGGGGAGCUGCCAUUAGCUACAAGUUGCCAACCAUUAACUGCAAAAUGAGACGUGGAGAUAAGUUCUCAGACACCAAAUACCUGAGUUCCCCCAUUUUUAAAGCGAAGAAGAAGAAGAAAAGACUACAACAGAAGGACACAUAUAAACCUGGCAGUUUGGAGAACAUGCAUUCAGUUAAUUGACUUUAUUCUGUGACAUCUAAUUUCAUUCUUACACGUAUUGCCAAUGCUUUUAUUGUUUUUCCCUUUUGUUUUAAUAUAAGUUUACAAAUAAAAUGUCAAUACAUUUUAGGUUGAAAAUCUUUUUGUUAAUAUAGCACCCACUUUAUUAGUCAUGAAGGAAUAAAUAAUUGAAUAAGCCUGUAAGAAAUACCACAUUUUUUGUUUUGUGACAGUAACAGAUAUGUGAUACAGACAUACAUUAUCUGGAUGGUCCAGUCAGUCACCUAAGGGUAAGUCGAACACUCUUAUGCAGUAGCUAGUUGCCUCUAAUGGUAUAUUUAAAGUUGUUGCAAUAGGAUUCGACGGAGUAUGUUACAAAACAACUUUAAUUAUGCCCUUUGGGGCAGCUAGCUAUUGCUUAAGGUUGUUCAACUCAUCCUUAGGUGACUGACUGCACCAUCUAGCUGGAUCAUAUCAUGGUUAAGUGCCGACCAACGCACCUCCUUAUGUUUCUAAAAUAAUCUGGACCUGUAUUGUGUGAGUGAUUGACUGGAGGCCCUGUGUGAAUUAUUCAGAGUAGGCUGUUCACUUAGGAGGCUGUGGUUGUCUUUCUGCUCCCCUCGGUCUCUACUGUACACAGCCUUUCCACAAGCAGGUGUCCCCUGAAGCGGCUACCGUUUGCAGUGUGUCUUUUGGUUGGUUUAUUUACAUGAAACACAUUUGUGAUUUUGUGCUACUCUGACAUUUGGAGUAGUACUGCAGUUUUUGGGUGUAACCAUUGCUGAUAAUUCUGCAUCGUGUGGUAAGUACAGAUUGCUUUACAACAUGAAUGUGUGUCUGUAUUAAAAAUAUGACCAACUGUAAUGUUAUAUGGAUUUAGAUUGCCAAUUUGAUCAUGUAACUCAGAUUUGAAUAAGCACCCAUUUUACCAGGCACAUGCUACAUAAAAUGUUAUGUAAAUCAACAGUGACCUAUUUAGGUCAACAUCUCAUUUUGGAGACUAGUUGUGGGAAAAUGUUGUGAGGCCAAAUCUUUGUCAGACAAAGUCUAGACCUACUUCUAUUCACCUUGCUUUUACCUUGCUUAAGCACUUCAGGCUGCACAAUAAUCAUCAGUGAUUAAAGGUUUAGUAAAAACAUA